GAAGGGCACUGUUCACUUGCUUUCACUAUGGCCGCGCGAUAGAAGAACAGUCCUACAACACCACGCCAAAAAGCAAAGCCCAAGACGCUUUUGUUGCCGACUCAUUUGCGGAUUUCGCUCGAGCCAGCCAGUGACCUUCACUCCAGGUCAAGAGCCCCCACGGUUCAUUACACUUCCUCCUUCUAACGGGGGGAAGUAUCGAGUUUCGAGCUUUUUUUUUUACCAUCACUCUGCAUCUACCAAGCAUGGCAGCUACGUUCGUCCCGACGCCCAGCCUCUCGGCGGGGGAGCCCAGUCCGAGCAGCAGCACGGGCGGCGGCGAGGCGCGCGCCGCGCCUAUCACCGCCUCCCGCUUCGCGCAGCGCCGUCUGCGAGUCGUGACGGAGCCCAAGCACAGCAACAAGAUGCACCGUACGCGCACGCUGAGCGAGUUGAUCCUCCUGUCGCCACGCAGCAGUCCGCGCAUCACGCCUCGCCACAAGCGGUUCGACAUGGACAUCGAAGUCUCGAGUUUCUUCGCAGAGGGCGAAGGUCUCGUGGAUCUCAUGGGCAGCAGAGACUUGCGGAGACUGAGUGAACGUCACUCGACGAUCGACGAGGAGACGGCAGCUCCCAUUGCGUCAAGAAACAGGUUUUUCCCCGCUAGCAACGAGCCAGACAACCAGCACGAAGAGAUGGACGUGGAUGAAGGACAGCCUGAACCCGAGGCGGAGCCAGAAGAGACCCAGCGCAGCGUAGGAGAAGUGGUGGACAUGCUCUUCGAGAUCCACUCGGCGCUUAAGAGUCGACACUUGGGCCAGAGAACCGCAGCUUCGGCGCUUGCGGCCAGUAACUUGGUCAGCACGUUGGCCUAUCCGGCGCCUGAGCCCAUUCCGAGAGACGAGCAGCUCGAGGCGCUCGAGAAUACGCGCAAGAUGCUCGAGUGUGCCAUUUGCCAGGAGGUUUUCAGCAAUGCCACGGAGGCAACUUGCUGUGGCCAAAUCUUCUGCAAGGACUGCAUCGAACGCUGGGUGAGUGAACGCGGCUCGUGCCCCAUGUGUCGUGAAGCCAUCAGCUUUUCACUUUUGGCGGCGUCGCGUCACGCCCAGCGAAUGGCAAAUGAGAUGAAAGUGAGCUGUCCCUACUGCUCGGAAACCAUGAAAAAGGCAAAUUUGGCAGACCACGUGAGUGCAUGUGACCAAGCGCCAGUGGAGCCCCCUCCUCCCGCGGAUGUUGCGUUGCGGCAAGUGCUGCUUCGCACUGCCAGACUUAAUAGUUCCUUCUUGGCACGAUUCCUCAUGAGCCCGUCACCGCCGCAAGCGCUCAUGAUGCAGUGUUACAUUCGCACUCGAGGAGGCGGCAACUACGAGCUGUACACACAAGACACAGACACGCUGCUGUGCACUGCAGUGCGUCGUCGCCAGUACGACAUGUCGGUGAGCUUCGUCAUCUCGCUUGCCACAAAUCUGGACGUGUCGAACCAGGCGAACGGAGAUGGCGCGUACCCGAUGAAUGCGCCUGUGCCGGUUGCCCGACUGGACAAGAACUACAUGGGAUCACAGUACACAAUGUACGACACAACUGGCCAAGUGGCCGUCGAGCUGGGUGCUGUGCAAUACGCUGCCACAUUCGGCAAAUCUCCUCGUCAGAUGCGAGUUGCAUUGCCACUAGUGGCACCUGUACAGAAUGUCGACAGCGCUGUGGACGGUGCUCCGUCUUGGGCCGUGCAGCCCUGGAGACCUGAAAAUAAGGAAGAUACGAUCCUGUCACAAGUGGAAAGCCCCGACACGGCGCGUGCAUUGCACCUGAUCAACAAGCCUCCGGUCUGGAUCGAGUCUCUUGAGGCCUAUUGCCUGGAUUUCGGUGGUCGAGUUGCCGCCGCGUCAGUGAAAAACUUCCUCUUGUCCCACCCGGAUGAUAUGGACAAGACGUUGAUGCUGUUUGGACGCACACAAGACCGCCAGGUGUACUCGAUGGACUAUGCGCACCCGUUCACACCAGUGCAGGCCUUCGCGAUCGCGUUGAGCAGCAUGGACUCGCACCUCGUGACCUUCGAUUAGACGUGAUGUUGGUGACGAGGUCGGUGCAGCGGAGAAGCGUGUAUGAAGUCUUCUGCGUGAAAAAAAAAAAUAUUCGGCGAUCGACUGCUGUUUUCGUGUGUCACCGACUUGCUGGCGUCCAGCAAUUUCUGUAACUAGCAUCAACCUGUAGAUCCACUAGAUCCACUACGCCAGCCUUAUCGUAGCAAGUUCCAUUUUGGCUUUUACGUGUAAAAUAAUAGCAACCGUGCUGCAUUUUUUUACUUUCGA